AUGUCCAGCCACACCAAGGUUCUUGUCAUCGGUUCUGGGCCUGCUGCCCAUACCGCCGCCAUCUACCUGGCCCGUGCCAACCUCGAGCCCACCCUCUACGAAGGCUUCAUGGCCAACGGCAUAGCCGCGGGCGGUCAGCUGACCACGACCACCGAUGUCGAGAACUUCCCCGGCUUUCCCGACGGCAUAAUGGGCGGCGCGCUCAUGGACAACAUGCGCAAGCAGUCUGAGCGCUUUGGCACCAAGAUCAUCAGCGAGACCAUCGCCGACCUGGACCUCUCCAGCCGGCCCUUCAAGUACGCGACCGAGUGGGACUCCGACACCAAGCACACGGCGGACACCGUUAUCAUUGCCACCGGCGCCACCGCCCGCCGCCUGGGUCUUGUCGGCGAGGACAAGUACUGGAACAAUGGCGUCUCGGCAUGUGCAGUCUGCGACGGCGCCGCUCCCAUCUUCCGCAAGAAGCCCCUGGUUGUCAUCGGCGGCGGUGACUCGGCCGCGGAGGAGGCCAUGUUCCUGACCAAGUACGCGAGCCACGUCACCGUGCUCGUCCGCAGAGACCAGCUCCGCGCCAGCAACAUCAUGGCCAAGAGGCUCCAGAACCACAAGGACGUCACCAUCAAGUGGAACACGGUCGGUACCGAGAUCAAGGGCGACGACAAGGGCCUCAUGAGCCACCUGGUCGUCAAGAACGUCCAGACGGGCGCCGAGGAGACGCUCGAGGCCAACGGCCUGUUCUACGCCAUAGGCCACGACCCAGCCUCCACCCUCGUCAAGGGCCAGAUCGACACGGAUGAGGACGGCUACAUCGUCACCAAGAACGGCACGCCCCUGACAAACAUCGAGGGUGUCUACGCUGCCGGCGACGUCCAGGACAAGAGGUACAGGCAGGCUAUCACGAGCGCAGGUUCGGGCUGUAUGGCCGCCCUCGAGGCCGAAAAGUUCCUUUCGGAGCACGAAGAGGCCGAGGCACCAGUCACGGCGGAACAGAACUGGGGCGAGAAGGCGUGA